CACCCUUCGAAUUUUGGCGCCAAAUAUUACGCGGUUUCGUAGAACGUGUUUAAAAUUAAUCGCGUUCAUCAAAUAAAUUAAAUUAAUUAUUUAUAGACUGUGUUUUAUAAUUAAAUUAAAUAAAGUUAUGUAAUAAUUUUUAUGCGAGUUAUUUAAAAAUCUUGUGAAGUUUUUUGAAUUGGCGGGUGUCGGGUUGAUGUGUGCGAGCGAGAGGGGCGACAUGGAGAGCCCGGGCGAGGAAGCGGGACGGAGCGCGCCCCCCGCGCCGCACCCGCCCGCCGCGCCGCAACCCAACGGCGCCAAUAAGAUCAUCGGACGCAACGUGAAUGGCACCAUGGUGGUAACGUCUGCACCAGCAAACGAAGCAGAGCUGCAGCUGUACCGAGUGAUGCAGAGAGCAAGCUUGCUUGCAUACUACGACACGCUCCUCGAAAUGGGCGGAGAUGACGUCCAGCAGCUUUGCGACGCUGGCGAGGAGGAAUUCCUCGAAAUCAUGGCUCUGGUCGGCAUGGCCUCAAAGCCACUUCACGUGCGUCGCCUCCAAAAGGCCCUCCAAGAAUGGGUUAACAAUCCCGCCCUCUUCCAAAUACCCAUCGUCCCAAACAUUUGCCCCACCGAAAACCCAUUCAUACAAUGCAACCAAAGACUAUUAAAUAUGCCUCCGACCAUUCCCAAUGUUUUACCAAGGUCCGUAGCUUCUCCUGAGAGCAGUAGACCCAUGUACAGCCCGUCUCCUGGAGCUCCUGAUAACAGCUGUGGUUCCACCACAUCGCAACCCAACGCGAGUCCAACCAACACCUUUGCCAAAAUCGUAUUACCACCGUCCCCAGCCCCAGCGGCUCCCAUCACCUCUACAGCCUCUAGAUCCUUCUCUCCUCAAAGCGCGUGCCCUCCAGCAUCAGCCGGGUCUAGUCCAAGUUCAGUCACAUCACCGGUCCAACUCACUCCUGUUCUUCUUGACGUCCAUGUGCAAAAACUGUCGGCCGCUGCGGAAAAAUUAAGCAAACAUUUGCCCCAACUGGAGCCAAAGCCGCAGAACGCGAAGAAGAAGAUGUGCAAGGAUUUGGAGCUGGUGAUGAUGAUGCCGGAGUCGGACCCACGGCGGAUGGAGGAGAUCAGGAAGUAUGCCGCGAUAUACGGGAGGUUUGAUUGUAAGAGAAAGCCAGAGAAACCACUGACAUUGCAUGAGGUGAUGGUAAACGAGGCUGCAGCUCAGAUCUGCCGGUGUGUGCCGGCGCUGCUGACGAGGCGGGACGAGCUGUUCCCGCUGGCCAGACAGCUCGUCAGGAGGGCUGGCCUGCAUUACUCCAAACACGGUCUCCCACCAACAGCAUCCACUGGCGAGGACCGCGAGAGGGACGAGGACGACCCUCCAAGCAAGCGUCCGCGACAGGUCCACACCACGCACGACGCAGACGAAAACAACGCCGUCCGAGCCAGUCCUGACGUCACAAGAAAUUCAAACCACGGGUGGUGGGGAGUAAAGGCUGAGAGCGAUGACGCUGACUCCAGGUGUUCUUACUCCAGCACCAGCACUCCUCCGCCGGAGACAGAAGAGUCCCGCCCGCAAGUGGUGGCGGCCCGCGGCGACAGCAUCAUCGCGGUGGCCAACCCCGCGCUCCACGCGCCCCACGCGCACCUCGCGCCGCACCCCGCGCGGAACCACUCCAACUGACACCACUUCAUCAUACACCACUGCUGGUCGAACCAGGCCGUCCAAGCCAACUAGGAGAACCAUCUUGUCACGAACAUCAACUACAUUAUCAUCCAAGCAGCCCAGUAUUGGAAGAACCAGAUUAUUCAAGCAAACUAGAAGAACUAUCUUGACACGAACAUCAACUGGGAGACCAUUAUCAUUCAAAUAAGUCAGUGUUGGAAGACCCAGAUUAUUCGAGCAAACUAGAAGAAGCAUCUUGUCAAAAAUAUAAAUUGAUAGAGUACUAUCUAAACAACCCAGUGAAAGAAAUAUGUUAUUAGGGAAAUCAACUGAUAAAACACUACCAUCUAAGUAGACCACCGAAGAAGCGUCUUGUCAGGAAUAUCAACUGACAGUUCGUCAUCCAAAAAGCCUAAUGAUAGAAGAAGUAGACCAUCAUCUAAGCCAACAAGCAUAAGAAUCUUGUCAAGAAUAUCAACUUAAAAUCAUAAUUGCAGUCAUAGCGAAUUUUUCUCGCCGUGAUUUUCGAGACUGAUACGUACAAAUGAGACGCAGAGGCAAAACCCAAAGUCGCUCGUCAAAGAUUGCAACAUUAAUCAUGAACCGACAUUGUAUUUGAAGUUUUGAAUACGCUGUUUUUACAUCAGAUUCAGUGUAGACACUAUAUCGUGCGAUUACAUAACAAUGAAGAGAUUUUAAAUCACAUUUUUUGACGAGCUAACAACUCGCUUCAUACGCUACUAAGACGCGGUGAAAACGCAUGCACCCUGAGAAAGGGCAAAGAGUACGCGUAUCAAAAACGCGCUUUAAAAACGUUAUAACAUUUAGUCUAUAAUUUCGUCGAAAACGUGUUAAAUUUAAGAAACAAAAAUUACAUUCCACCAAAUGAUAAACGUAUAUGUAAGUGUGUAAAUAAAUUAUUUUUAUAAUGAAGCCAUAAUGCCUUGUAGUGUAGGGAUGAAUUGCAUUAAAUUUAAUCCAAACAUAGGGAAUCGGUGUACUUAGUUAAUUUUGUAUGAAGAGUAAAAUUUAAAAACGAUCUUGAACUUCAGAUCGAUUCCGAAAAUAAACCAAUCAAAAUAGGUAAAAUUAAUUAUGUGAAUUUUGAUUGGUGCCUGAUGUCUUCUAGAUAUGUGAGUGUCGUUAUCAAGCUUUAUUGUGAUUGGUCCAUUUUCGGGAUCGAUCCAGAGCUAUAUAUAAUAUAAUAUAA